AUGGAACAUCCUGCUUAUACGCUAGCCGCUUUGACCACCUUGGGUGGUACCAUGGGUUUUUUGCGCAAAGGAUCGAAGCCCUCGCUUGUUGCCGGAUUGGUGUUCGGAGGUGUCUACGGAUAUGCCGGUUACUUGCUGAGCAAAAACGCGGACAACGGCUUGGAACUGGCGCUCGGGGCCAGUUCAUUGAUGUUGGUCACUGGUCUUGCCAGAGGUAUCCCUUCACGUUUCAGCAAGCCUGUCCCAUUGGUGUUGACGGUCCUGGGAGGGCUGGGGUCUGCUUACUACGGCAAGAAAUACAAGGAAUUUUACUGA